AUGCCCCUCUCACGCAUAGGGGAAAAAUUGCAGGUGCGUCUCUUGCUUUCAGACCUGCAGGCGGAGCUUGAUGAGCCCGAGAUAUCACGGCGCAGAGUGGAUUGGUGGAAGUGGUCGUUCCAUAGCCUUCUCGUUGAAGAUGAUCUCACUGAAGGAGCAGUCACAAAUGAAGAGCAAACGCAAAAAGAUGAUGUGUGGGGCCACGCAUUCUUCAGGGUACACGCGAUCGUCUAUGAGGAGUUAGUGACAACGCCAGCAAUUGUGAUGCCACCUGACCCUACUCUCGUUUUUGCAUUGAAGGACCUCAGUUACCCUGCUGGGGUCUCCGCCAAUCGUGCAUUUGUGCAGCAUCUUUUGCGUCAAUUUACCCCGCGGCAGUAUGAACAUCUGCAUGAUACCCUGAUUAGAGGCGUGCAAGGUUGUGUUUCGCCUCUUUUUAAACACGAAAUAGAAGAGAGUGUUGCGUGUUUGUUUUUUCCGUAUGGACAAUGUGAUGCAGGCUCACGAGACGGGCGUUGA